UGUCCCAAGUCUCAGAGACAAACAGGAAAAGCUAUGGCCUUCUCCAAGCUUCUGAUUGCUUCACUUGUCAUCUCUCUUCUUCUUCUUCUCCAUUUUGCUGAGGCUGAUCAUCAAACGGUCAAGUCAAAACUAGACGCAACUAAUUCUCCCGCUGAGGAAAUUGAUUGCGGUAGCGCUUGCACAGCCAGGUGUCAGUUAUCGUCAAGGCCAAACCUAUGCAAGAGGGCAUGCGGGACAUGCUGUGCCCGUUGCAAGUGUGUUCCGCCGGGAACUGCCGGUAACUAUGAGGCCUGCCCCUGUUACGCCAGCUUGACUACCCAUGGUGGCCGACGCAAGUGUCCUUGAACCCUUUUGCUUUAAGACGCAAAUUAUCUCUUUCACACGCACAUAUAUGUAUGGGGUGAUCACUUAUAUUUUCUUAUUUACUUCCUCAGUUCAUGGAACUUUGGUUCUGUAUCUCUUUCUGUUUCUAUAUGGAAUAAAUAAUUGCUAAUAAUAGAAUAAUUUUAUUU